AUGGCUUUCCUCAAGUACACAAUUGUCGUCUGCUUAGCGCUCGUCGGCGUCGCACAAUGUGCACUGUUACGCGCCGCUCCAGCGCCCGUCGCAUUCGCUGCACCCGUACCUGCGCCAGUUGUGCCCAUCAACACUGAGAUCGACCCACACCCACAAUACGCCUUCGCCUACAAUGUACAGGACGCGCUCACCGGCGACAGCAAGAGCCAACAGGAGGUGCGCGAUGGUGAUGUGGUGAAAGGCUCAUACUCCGUCUUGGAUGCUGAUGGUUCACUGCGCACCGUCUUCUACACCGCCGAUCCCAUCAACGGUUUCAAUGCCGUCGUCCAACGCGGUCCCGUUGCGCCAGUGUUGGCUGCCAAACCGGUUGUGCCACUUGCACCAGCGCCUCUGCCCGCUCGCUUCAUCCAAGGUUAA